AACACAGCGCAGGUGGCGUGCGAAGGGAGCGGUUUACGGCAGUGGGUGUCGUAAAAGCCCCCGAGAGGACGCAGGAGGAGGGUGUAGCGGCGGGUCGCAGCCAUGCCAUUUUGGAAUCUCCAAGAUCAGCUGGGACUCAAUUUGGACAAAUGGAUGCUGCAUCAAAGCUCAGAGCAGCCCUACAAGCGGGCAGCUCUGUGCCAUGCCUUUGAGAAGGAAUGGAUUGAGUGUGCCAGUGACCUUGGGCAGAUUCGUGCACGCAAGGAAUGCAGACUAGAAUAUGAAGACUUCCAAGAGUGUAUUAAUAGGCACAAAACGAUAAUGCGUCUGAAGACAAUUCUUGCGCAGAAGAAGCAGUUGAUAAAGGAAGGGAAAUACACACCACCCGAGCACCACAGUGGCAAACCGGAGGCCAGGCCUUGAUCUACUGCUGGUGACACUGAGUCCCUCUGACAGCAGAGCUAACCAUGCAUCACCCUCUGUGCACAUGUUGUGGGAAUGAAACUCUUCUGUUAAAGUUAACCCAGUUAUACCCUGUGUGCAGCUGGUCUGCUGGCUGUCUCUCUCCUGCCGGCCAGCCAUGCAGAGUAUAUAUGUUCUGAAUAAAGAAUCUGUCAACUUUUAGAUUGUGAUGCCAGUGUCUGUAACUCAUCAGUUCAGAAAUUAAAUCUCCUUUGGAACCGUU